ACACAGCUCAGUCACUUCAGUAUCAUCCGAGGCCAGGGUAGGGGAGGUGUGUGUAUGUGUGUGUGUUGGAUGUGACACCGGCUGGAAGUAGACCCCCUGAUACAGAAGAUAUCUGGACACCGAUUUGACAUGAGCAGGGUGCCCUGACAUGGACACAGAGAUGAUUCCCAAAUUUUCGUCAAAGGAUGAGGAAGUUGACUACUGGAAGUCCCAAGCCCUCAAAUACAAGAAAAGUUGCUACGAUGCCCAGGAAGAGCUGCAGGAGUUCCAGGAAGGGAGCCGAGAGCUAGAAGCUGAGCUGGAGGCACAGCUCGGCCAGGCCGAACACCGCCUCAGAGACCUCCAAGUUGAAAACGAGAGACUGAAGAACGAGGUGUCAAACCUCAAGGAGAAGCUGGAGCAUCAGUAUGCCCAGAGUUAUAAACAGAUUUCCAUGUUGGAGGACGACCUGGGCCAGACACGCAGCAUAAAGGAGCAGCUCCACAAAUAUGUCCGAGAGCUUGAGCAGGCCAACGAUGACCUGGAGAGAGCCAAGAGGGCCACAAUAGUGUCUCUGGAGGACUUUGAGGGCCGUUUGAACCAGGCCAUUGAGAGAAACGCCUUCCUGGAAAGUGAGCUGGAUGAGAAGGAAUCUCUUCUUGUGUCUGUGCAGCGGCUGAAAGACGAAGCCCGAGAUCUGAGACAGGAGCUGGCAGUACGGGAGCGGACCACAGACAGGAUGUCAGCCCCCAGCUCCCCCACCUUAGACAUCGACAAGAUGGAUUCAGCAGUACAGGCCUCUUUAUCCCUCCCAGCCACGCCUGUGGGAAAGAACAUAGAGCACGCCUUCAUCAACCCAAAAGCAUUGACCAACGGCUGUGGCAACUCAUCCCUCACUCCUUCUGCUAGAAUCUCAGCUCUUAAUAUUGUUGGCGAUCUCCUGAGGAAAGUUGGGGCUUUGGAGUCUAAAAUCGCUGCAUGCAGGAACUUUGCCAAAGACCAGGCAGCAAGGAAAAACUACUGCACAGACAACGGCAAACUCAUCAACAGCAACGCCACAAAGUUCUCUCACUCUCUACAUACUACUUACUUCGACAAAACGACUGUAAAUGGACUGGACCCGAGCUCCUUGACCUCCAUUGCAACAUCCAGAGCCGUGUCUCCACCAGGCAUGCUGCCUCUGAGCGUGUGAGGGUUCCUCACACCACAUAAACCUCUACUGAAAUCACCCAACACAAUGUGGGAACGGAGAGGACACUUGAAAGACCAUUACAUUGUGUGCCAGGUGUGUGUGUGUAUGUGUGUGUGUGUGUGUGUGAGAGAGAGAAAGAGUUUGAAAGGAAGAGUGAUGUGUGUGUGUUCGGGAUUGUGCAUUUUUUGAACGUGACGUGUGGAAGAGAGGCUCGACUAUACAGUGAACUCGCCUCCAGUUUUGCAGCUCUAAAUGCAUCUGUGAGUAGGUGCACAUAUGUCCCUACCACAUAUUUGCAUGUGCCUGAAGCUGUACCGUGCUUGUAUGAAUGUCAAAUGCGUUGCUCUCUAGAUGUCAACUCUGAAGUGGCACUGUUAUAUUCUUAGUUCCACUGAAAACUCCUAUCUCCGACAAAAGGUCUUUGGCAGACCACAGCUUCCUCUUAACCUUUGUUUCCUUCUGUAUUUUCACUUUAAUUGCACAGUUAAGCUAAUUUCCAUUUAGAAUGUAUGAUAUUUAAAAAGGGAUGUGUUCAUUAUUAUUAAUUUAUCUCACAGUACGCUUUAAAAUGCAAUAUUUCUGCUAUUUUCUUGCAUGUGUGCGUAUGUAAUGUGGGGUUGGAGAGGUGUAGUUGGACCCCAUGUUGAUGACUGAAGUGAAUGUUGAUCGUUCAAAGCCAUGUAGCCAUAGUGCAGUCGUUCCUCUUUGUCACUGGCUACUUGCUGUUAUUAAUUUGGAAACAGUCUCCAUGUUACAGCUUGGAAAUAUCAGCUGGUUCUGUCCGCUGGGUUAAACCUGCACUUAAACAAACUGCUCCUCACAGGUUUUGCUGCAGUCGAUAUUCCUCUGUGACAUUUCGAGGAAACAGUUUUGCCUUUUUUUGUGUGUGUGUGUAAAUGUUUAAUGUAUAGGUUUUUUUUAAAAUCAUGUGACAGGCUCAUUUACCUCAUUCUGAUGUAAUGACAGUUAUCUGCAGUGGAUUCAUAAUAUAAGUAGGUGAAUUCGGCUUUAUAAAACGCACACAAAAGGAUGCUCUAAAGUGAAAUGAAACUGAGAUAAGGAUCCUUUUUGAGACUGUCUGUUAACUUUGGCUGGUGUAUGAACUCAUGGUCCAUCGGGGCCUUUGUGUCAUGCAGCAUAUUUUGCUGCUUCUGUGUUAUGUUGUGUGUGUCUUGGAUUUUUAGCUGGCUGGAUAUUGGCACUGUAUUCAUUUUACAUGCCUGUGUCUAAAUCCAUUUUGCCACAUCUCCCCCUUUCACAGAUUUUUUUUGCCACCAUUUUAAAGCAUUAUUUCAAGCCUUUAGUAUUAAUUUUUAUUUGAUAAUACUAUAUGAGAUGUCAUUUUGGGCACUCUAUGAGCCUGUCACUACAGUGUGUUCUACAGUCAGUGUGUGUAUAUAGCUUGUAAGGAUGGUAAUUUUGCAUACCACAUUUGUACAUACUGACAUUCGACAUUAAGGUCUUAUUUAUUUCAGAUUCUGUAUGGCAUGUUGAGCUAAUGAAUGGUUUAAGCCAUUGUAUUAUGAUAUAAAAUUGUUUGUCAAAAUUGUUUAAGUAAAUAAAGAUUGAAAUGAUAAAUAUA